AUGCCGUUCGACUUCAAAGCCUACGAUCAAAAAUGCCAGGGCCUCACCCUGGAGGAGCUCCAGCGCGAGUGGGAGCACUAUACACGACUGAUUUCUGGCGCUGCCACAUCGACUACAGUCUCUGGCUUAGCGAUCCCCUUGACCCUUGGCGUUUCGACCAUCGGCGUCGCGAUGGCCGCACCGGCUAUCCACAAUGCCCGCAAGAAGCGCGAGAUUAUCGAGAGGCAUCUCAACCGUCUCAACGCGACUCACCAUACAAGGAAGCGAGAUGUUCUUGGGAGUAUGGCUGUCAGUGGGACUAUUGGUGUAGUUACCCUCGGUGUUGGGUCGAUGGGUGCUGAUGCUGUUGCGACUGCUGGGGCGGAACAUGGUAUCCAGACGAUUAUUGCGAACGAGACAGCUAUCAAGCUUGUGUCGCAUGCUGCCCUCGAUGGAGCUGGUAUGGCGGUUGAACACGCUCAUACAGGCCACCUAAAGAAGAAGGAUGCCCGCAAGGCUUUCCAAAAGGCAGGUGUUUUCCAGGCUGUUCAGGAUGCCAAAGCUGCCGAGGCUGGCUAUACCGUCCAGCCGUAUCCGAAUGCCAACCAGGCAUAUCCCCAAUAUGCCGGCCCAAGUUCAUCCCAAGCUCUCCCAAUACCUCCUCCGCCAUAUAGCGCUGCUGUCGGGCAGACUACUCAACCCGGCUAUAACAUGACCCCAAAUGGCCAUCCUCAAGACUACAAGGUGCCGGAUGCACAGCAAGCAAUUCCUCACUACAACCAGUCCUAUCUCACGCCAAAUACUACCGGCCAGUAUCCUCCGCAACAAUCCUAUGACUACUCUCAGCCGCAACAGAUCCCCGUUUCCAGCGCUCCGUCACCUAUGCCUCCUAUGAAUGCGCAGAUAUUCUCACCCCCGCAAACACCAGCUAUACAGUAUCCUGCUAGCAUGCCACAACCUGCACAGGCUCCUCAACAGUAUUCGCCAUACCCGCAGCAGUCAGGAGUCCCUUCUUAUAAUACUGCUCCUCCGCCUCAAUCCUUUGACAUGUCUGCGAUGCAUCAAGCCCUGCCUGUUGCCACACCAGCACCGACAACUCCGUAUCAGACACCACAACACCAGAUGUAUGUUGCUAAUAACACUUUACCAACACCUCCUCAGGACAACCGGCAGAGUUACACGCCACAGCCUGUGUAUCAAGAUGUCCGUGGUCAGAUAGUCCAAACACCCUCAGCUGGAUAUUUCCCAACUGUCCCUGCGACUCCAACUGGGUAUCCCCCAGCGGCGAUAGCAGUUCCUGUACUCCCUACACAGUCGGUACCUGCAGCUCAGAUACCACAACCAAUGGGGUCAGCCAAUUUACAGCAACAUUUCACACCACAUGCUGUGCAGAGUCAUACAGGUUACCAGCCAGCUACACCAGCCACUCAACCGCAAUACCAACAACAUCCUGGCUUCUCAUCGCCACACCAAACUGGCAAUUAUCAGCAAGUUCAGGCGCCGACUCCAGUUGACACAAACAGAAGAGACUCGUUCAUGAGCAUUCCUCAACCAUCUUUCACCCCACACGCGCCGUACAACCCUCAGCAUUAUGGACAGAUAUCUCAACAAGAGAAAUCAAACAAUUCGACAGCCCACAUCGCUGGCAAUGUACCUACUCCCGGCUUCCAAGCUAUGCAGCCACCAAUGCAGUAUCAGAUGAUGCCGCCUACUCCAUUGCCAACAGGAUCCACAGUCUCCCAGUACCAACACGACAGUAAAGGUUCAUAUUUCCCUACCUCACCUCCUGCAGGUCAAUUGCAGAGCCCGCAUUUGUCCGGGCAGCAAUGGCAGACAACAAACUCUGCUUACCAACCUCAAUACCCACCUGGAGCCCAUUCCCCGAUGCCGAUGCACAACCCCCUGCCAGUGACGCAAUAG